AUGGCCGACUACGCCGCCCUCAAGGUCCCGGACCUUAAGAAGCUUCUCCAAGAAAAGUCGCUUCAAGUGACCGGCAACAAAGCAGACCUCAUUGCGCGUCUGCAAGAACAUGACAAAGCCCAGGAACAGCCCAAGCCUGCCAAUGUCUCAGCCGAAGACGACCCCAUCGAUUAUUCGGACGACGACGAAGCCCCGGCUACGAGCGCUAAGGCUGGAGAACCCGCGAAACCAGCUGAGGAACCUGCAGCAGCCCCUGCCGAGGUGAAGGUGGCUGCACCCGCCGAGCCUGAGCCUGCCAAGGAAGACACCACCGAUGCGCCUGCCGAGGCGACAGACGUAGCAGCGAAAGUAGAUGGCGAGGCCACAGAGGCGAAAGCAGCACCCGAAGAGGCACCCAAGACAGACUUCUCGGCGCACCUGCCCGCGUCAAUCGCCGAUGAGGAGGCGCGCAAGCGGGCCGAGCGAGCCAAGCGCUUCGGCGUAGUCGAGGAGAACAACGAGGACAAGAAGAAGGCAGAGCGUGCCACGCGUUUCGGCGUCGACGAGUCCGCCACUGUGGUCAAGGGUCUAGACUCGGCGCUGCCCGAGAAGCGCGAACGGAAGCGCGGUCGCGAAGGUGCCAGCGGCAACGCAGAUGGCGAACGCGGCGCAAAGAGGCAUCAGAACGGCGGCAACGACGGUGGACGCAGAGGUCGUGGACGGCAAGGUGGAAAUGGUCGACAGGGAGGAGGCGGUCGCGACGGCGGUCGUGAUGGUGGUGGCCGUGGUCCGAGAAAGGAGGGUGGCAGACCUAAUCCCGGCAAGUCGGUCAUGUCUGACCCUGCCGAGAAGGCGAGGGCGGAGGCGAGGGCGAAGCGCUUCGGAGGUGGUGCUUAG